CGGACCCAGCGGCCAGCCACAUCGCAUAAUCUCGUCGCGCACACGACACACCCCCGCUGCGCACCCACCCAAGGCGAAAUUUCGCCGGCGCGCGGGCCCCACGAUCAUCGGCCCAACUCAGGAAGCGCAAGAAGAAGCAACCGGAGAGCCUCCUCCGGCGGCCAUGGCCAGGGCCCUCCUCCUCCGGCGCGGCCACCCCUUCCUCCGCCGCCUCCUGCGGCCUCCCCCGCCUCCCACCUCCUCUGUACUGGAAUCCUGCAAUAGAAAUGUGUCACCAAGAGUUCAGUUGUGGAGAUUCUCUGCAGAAGGGAAAGACCAGACAAAUUCAAGUGAAGAUGGUUACAGUGAGGCAAACAUUAAGAAGAAGGACUUUGCGCUACAACAAGCUUUGGACCAAAUUAAGUCUGCAUUUGGUGAGGAGUCAAUUAUGUGGCUAAAUCACUCUUACGGUCCUAAAGAAGUUCCUGUCAUAUCUACUGGAUCCUUUGCAUUGGACAUGGCUUUAGGAAUUGGUGGGCUCCCGAAGGGAAGGGUUGUUGAAAUUUAUGGUCCAGAGGCAUCAGGAAAAACCACUUUAGCACUUCAUAUCAUAGCUGAAGCACAGAAGAAUGGAGGAUAUUGUGCUUUUAUUGAUGCCGAGCAUGCCCUGGAUCCAACAUUAGCAGAAUCUAUAGGUGUUAAGGCAGAACACCUGUUAUUAUCUCAACCAGACUGUGGUGAACAGGCCCUUGGUCUUGCUGAUAUCUUAAUCCGAAGUGGCUCUAUUGAUGUUGUGGUUGUGGACAGUGUAGCAGCUCUUGUUCCAAAAACUGAACUGGAUGGUGAGAUGGGAGAUGCCCAUGUUGCACUUCAAGCAAGGCUUAUGAGUCAAGCACUUCGCAAGUUGAGCCAUUCUCUUUCUCGCUCCAGGACAAUGUUGGUGUUUAUUAAUCAGGUAAGAUCGAAAUUAAGCACAUUUAGUGGAUUCGGAGCACCAGCAGAAGUAACCUGUGGAGGGAAUGCCUUAAAGUUCUAUGCUUCUGUCCGCUUGAACACCAAAAGGAUUGGUCUUAUAAAAAAGUCAGAAGAGGUUGUAGGCACACAAAUUCAGGUCAAGAUUGUCAAGAACAAGCAUGCACCCCCAUUUAAGACUGUACACCUUGAGCUUGAGUUUGGUAAGGGCCUGAGUCGUGAAUUGGAGAUUAUUGAAGUAGGCUUCAAACACAAGUUCAUAACAAAAUCAGGAGUAUUCUAUCACUUGAACGGGCAAAAUUUCCAUGGAAAGGAUGCUCUUAAAUGUUAUCUCGCUGAAAACAAGAAUGUCCUGGAAUCUCUGAUGUCAAUGAUAAAGGAAAGCAUAAUGCAACAGGAGUCCCAUCCAGAUAGAAACAUGGAGGAUGCCAACCCAGAUACGAGCAUAACAGAAGAGUUCGUUUCAGCAACAGAUGAACAAGUACCUGAAGAGGUUGAGGCCUGAAGCAAUAUAGCAGUAUCCUUUUUCUUUUUCUUUUUCUUUUUCCUGCAAGACUAGUGUACAUAUGCCACGUUUCAUCUCUUCUUAACUUGCAAGGUUUCUAGCUAAGCUGUGCGACAAUAACCAAGUAAGGAUAAAAUGUAAAUAACUUUUCACCAUUUUGCUGUGUACAUGCCAUUGUACAUAUUUAUCCACCUUAGGCUGUGUUUAGUUCAGCGCAAAGUUUGGAUUUUGGUUGAAA